AUGCUACUCCGCGGGGCACCGUAUCUAAACGUGCACCGGCUUCUCCUCCCCGCCCGCCGCCACCUCGCCAGCGGCUGCGCCACCACCGACCUGUGGAUCUCCAAAGCCCUCGCCACCCUCUUCGUCGUCUCUCCUUCCCCUCCGGCGCUUUAUCUCUCCUCUUUCUCUCAAGUCCUCGACGCUUCCAUCGCCUUCUCGGCCCUCCGCCGCCUCUCCGAUUCCGAAUCCGCCGUCAAUCUCUUCCGGACCACCCAAUCUACACUAAAAGUCUCGCAUUUUGCCGCCUCUUAUCGUGUAUUGAUCAGCAUUCUCUGCUGCGCCGGCCGUCUCAGCGACGCCCUCAACCUGUUCGACGAAAUGACUGAGAAAAGCCUGAGUUUUGAUGGUUCGUUUCUAGGCUUUUUAGUCGAUUCUUGCGCUGACUCUGGUCACUUGGAUUCGGCUUUGAGGUUGGUUUGUCGAGCUUCAGCGGAUUUCCAGUUUUGUCUCCGUGCUUACCAUGUUAACAAUUUGAUGAAUCGAUUGGUAGCUGCGAAUCGUGCAAAAGAUGCAAUCUUUUUAUUCGAAGAGCAAUUGAGUUCACAGGGUUUCAAUCCGGAUACUUGCAGCUUCAACGUUGUGAUCAAAGGUCUUUGCUUGUUGGGAGAUGUCGAUCGAGCAUUUGAGAUUUAUAAGAAAAUGGCGAGUUUUGGGUGCGUUCCAGAUACUUUCACGCAUAAUAGUCUUGUUGUUGGGUUGUGUAGGGCCAACAGGAUCGAUGGAGGACGUGAGUUUUUGCGGAGGAUUCAAGUGGACGGCCUUUUCUUGCCGAAUGUUAUCACUUAUACAUCAUUGAUUUCAGGGUAUUGCAAAUUGGGCAGGAUGAAAGAUGCACUUGAGGUAUUUGAUGAAAUGCUUAGUUUAGAAAUUAAGCCUAGCAGAAUCACUUACAAUGUGCUUAUUGAUGGGUAUGGCAAGGUUUGUGAUAUGCAAUCAGCUAAUUCAAUGUAUGAUAGGAUGAUCCUUGGCGGGUGUCAGCCUGAUAUUGUUACAUUCACUUCGUUGAUCGAUGGUUACUGCCGCUGUGGGCUGAUUUCUGAUGCCAUGAAACUUUGGCAUGAGUUAGUUGAGAGAGAACUUCAGCCAAAUGCUUACACCUUUGCUGUUGUUAUCAUUGCUUUUUGCAAGAUGAAUCGUUUAAGCGAGGCCCGGGAGCUACUAAAUGAAUUGAAUCGAAGGAAGGAUAUUGUGCCCCGUGCUUUUAUCUAUAAUCCUGUGAUUGAUGGGUUAUGCAAAGCGGGAAAAGUGGAUGAAGCGAACAUGACUCUGAUGGAAAUGGAGAGGAAAGGUUGUUCGCCGGAUAAGUUCACUUACACAAUAUUGAUCAUUGGACAUUGCAUGAAGGGGAGAAUGGUUGAAGCCAUUCAACUUUUUGAUAGAAUGGUGACUUCUGGUUGUACUCCUGAUCAUGUUACAUUUGGUUCUUUAACAUCUUGUCUUUUAAAAGCUGCAAUGCCUGAUGAAGCAAAUCGAGUUAUGCUUAUGAGAGAGAGAAAAAUAGGUUUGGGCUGUAUCAACUCAGAGACUGGUCCUUCUUGUUUGAAGCCAGCACUAAGUGUUUCAGUGGCUUCAUAGUUGGACGGCAGAAUACUCUCUCAAAAGAGAUUUUGGAAUUAGUUAAUUGGGAUAACACUUAAUGGUCUAAAUAAAUCAGCCCAGGUACAACCCCACUUCAGAAGCAGAAAGACAAGGAUUUACUAAACAAGGGGACCGAAGUCAUCAACCGGUUUUUCAAAGCGGAAACUUUAUACCAGUGGCUCAGUUCGCUCUCAUUUUUGUAUGUCAAGUGCAUUUGCUAGAGAUAUCUCCAUUUCCGACACGAUACACAGAGGCAAUGGAAUAAUGCCAGUUGUUCUUCGGAAUGGUUUUCAUUUAUUUCAGCAAUGCUUGCUUGUAAGGGCAGGGCCUCCAACACUGACCAAGUUUUUCAUUGAUGAUAUACAGCAACACACACAACUUGAAGGUGAGGAAUCUCUUCAGAGCAAUAUCUAACAGAAAUUUUCCGCAUUGUAAAAUCUCUCAUUCCAAGCACGAACCACAAUUAACCUGCAAGCGACCGAUGUUGGUGGUAACAACUGAUAGUGUUCUGAUUCUUUGAGUCAAAUGCUGUUGAUUUCCCUUCAACACUUGAUAAAAUGGCUGAACGUUGUUUCUAUUUUCAUCUACUGUUGUACUUGAGGAAAAAUCAUGGAAAGUAUUAUUUUGUAGUGCUUAUCAUAAUGAAAGCAUCAGUGAUCAGAAGAGUACAAACUACAGAAGUGUUUCAUUAACACUUAAAUUAACAUUGUAUUUUAUGUGAUUAUGUUGGAAGAACCCUGAAUUCAUCUUUUA